AAGCAGGUGGGUAUUGCACAGUAAGACGCUCUCCUCUACUGUUGCUAUACAAGACUGGAUGCCAUGAAGUGUCUUGUGUGCUUUAUUCUUGUUUUCUCAUUAUCAGUUGCUCAAGAUUGUCCUCUACCAGCCAAUGCUGAUAUAUGGAAUGCAUUGGCUACCUUACUACUUGAUGCUGAUGGUAGUCAGUCAUAUUCUCCUAAGAUAACAGGAUCAGUUCAAUAUGUCUGUCAAGCUCAAGGGAACAUGAUUAAUACUUAUACAGAAAUUUCUCUUAUUGCUACAUACACUCCUAACCCAGGAGAAGCAGAAACUACUAGGAUAUUGUCAAUGGGAUGUAGCAGUGGUACAUGGAGUGGAAUUACUCAAGAUGGACUGAGUCCUCCUCCUGCCAGUGUUAUUGGUGUUUCUCUAAGAACCAAUUGUUUUCAAUGUCGGGAAGGUUUUAGUCGUGAAACUAGAUGUAGAGAGUGUGACAGUGCUUGUAAUUCUGGACUGAUGAGGUGUACUGGAUCAGGUUCUGGUGAUUGUUGUUUAUCAUUUGCUGCUAAUGGUCAGUGCAGUAAUGACCUAUCCUGUUUAUCAUCAGGUCCUAACUAUGUUGCUACUGAGAGUACUAACUUCACUUGCACUUGCAAUCUAACCUGUUCUGUCGGUUAUUCUGUUAAUUCCAAUUGUACUGACUGUUAUUUGGCUAGUAUCUGUGAUGCAGACAGUCCAUGUAUGAAUGGAGGACAGUGUAUACAGUAUUCACCUCCUGAUAAUUAUACUUGUAACUGUACUGGUACUGGAUUCCAGGGAGUCAACUGUACUGUUUCAGAUCUUGUCACUGAUGGUUCAUGCCCUGCAAAUAUAUCAUUUCUCUUUGUAAUUCGUGAUUUAACCAUCAAUGUGCCAUUGACAGAACCAGUUUGUAUUCGAUGCAGAUUUUUUAGUAAUCAAGGUGUUUUUAUUUCCUUCUCUGAUGGUAUAUGGAGGAAGGGUAGUACUGUACUAAGUGAUGGUGACUUUAGUGGAAAUGUCAUAAUAUCAAGUACUUCUACUACAUUGUUUCUUACUCUUGUGCAUCCUGCUACUGUUGUUGAUGUUGGUGACACACUGACAUGCUCAUCAUCAUCAGCUGAUCAGAAUUCUAUUGUUACUAUUGGAGCUUUUAUGGUACACCACGCUUAUGUAUGGAUUAAUGAUAGUGAUGGUAGUGAGCUUACACCUGUCAUUAAUAAUCCUCCUUUGACUUUACACUUAACCAAUAUUAACAGAGCAGCUAGUGGUAAUUAUACGUGUAGAUCCACUAAUACAGACUUACCAGGAGUUAACAUGGACACUACUGUAACUCUUAAUGUACAAUAUUUGGAUAUUAUUUCAGUAUCAUUAAAUCAGACUGUUGCUAUUGGUACCAAUUAUACUAUUACAUGCUCAUUUGAUGCUUUUCCAAUGAUUGAAUCAGUCACUUGGUUUCAUAAUAGGACAGCAAUUAAUCUCAAAGCUUUUCCUCACAUUAAUAUCAAUACAGAAUCAACCACUUCUGAACUCUCUCUUCUACCUAUUGGAGGACUUGAUGAUGGUGGAGAGUAUUCCUGCUCUGUUUCUAAUGGUGUCCUUAAUGCCAGUGAUUCAUUAUUGAAUCUCACAGUUGUGUUUCUAUUAAAGCCUGACCCAGUGUAUAACCUAAUGACAUCUAACAUUACUAAUACCAGUGUUACAUUGAGUUGGUCAUUAGGUUUUAAUGGUAAUUCUCCAAUUACUGGUGGAAUAGUAUCAUACGCUGCUGUAUCUAACGGAUUUGGUAAUGGAACAGAAGUAUUUAUGGGAGAAAAUGAAGAGCUGAUAAUAUUUAAUCUUCAACCAUUCACUGUCUACAAUUUUAGUGUUGCUGUAGAAAAUGCUAUUGGUAUUAGCAAUGACGUAACUAUUGUUGCUGAAACUCAACCAAAUGUUCCUGAUGCUCCUACUCUUAACAGUGUUGUGGUCAUCAGUUCAAAUUCUUUAAAAGUCAAUUGGACAAACAAUGUGGACCCUUUAACACAGUCAGAGGUGGAAUGGUACACAGUGAUGUAUUUUACAGAAAGACAGCAUAAUGAAUUGAAUGUACCUGCUCCUGCCAACACAGUCAUAAUAAAUGGCCUUCUUGAAGGAACCAGUUAUUCAAUAGUAGUUUCUGCCACUAACAGUGCAGGAAUUGGUGCAUCUGGUAAUUCUAUUACAAUUCAAACUGGUAAGCUACUAGGCACUACUGUGAUAGUGUGA